UGCAAAGCGACAACGAGCGCAGCCGUCUCCCAGGGCCCUAAUCCGCAGAGCACAGAGCUUGCUUCAAUUGCUGGCUCAGCACUUAAAUUAGUCGAGCAACCACACUCAACGGGUUCACUUGACAGCCCCCGUCCCAGUGCCAGUCAGCAUGAAGAGCGACGAGAUCAUUGAUAAAAUACGCAACAAGCUGAAGGAGUCGGACCCUGGCCGCCGCACUGUGGUCAACACGUUUCAGUUCAACUUCACCGAUGCCGACGGCAAGCUAAUCAAGAGCAUGGUCUUUGAUUUCAAAGCAUUGAACAUCUACGAGGGCAGUGCAGCCAGUGCCGAUGGACAGGUUACUAUAUCCGAUGAGGAUUUCUAUCUGGUCGGCACCAAACAGAAGACUUUCCAGGAGAUUUUACAGCAGGACAAGGCAAAAAUCGAGGGCGAUGAAGAGGCAAUCAAGAAAAUGUUGGAGAAAUUUCGUAUAAAUUCCCAGAACUGAAGUAUAUCUGAUAAACGUACACCUACAAUCACAUAUAUGUAGAUAUAUAAAUGCGUUUUUGUAUUCAUUUAAAAAUAAUCGUAGCACUGUUCCGGCCGCCAAGGAUUGUAACAAAAUAAAUUACUGCAAAAUAAA